AUGGAUUCAGGAAAGUUUAUAGUUGAUAUAACGGAAGAAGAAUGGAAGAAAAAAAAGAUUUCGCAUCUUCAAGAACUUAUUAAAAAUGCUAAAAAAAAUGCUUUCGAAAAAAUUGACGCAUGCGAACUCAACAUAUGGAAAGUUGUUAUUCACACAAAACAAGUGAACGGUGAUUUUGACGAAAAGAUGAAAAUACUUAUGAGUAGACCUCAUAUGAAAAUUAACAUUAAAGAGGAACUCGAUGGUUUAUAUUUGAGCGCAGAAGAUAAUAUUAAGGAAUAUAUUGAUGAGAAUCCUAGCGACAAUCAUAUUCACACCAUUGUGAAACCACCUCCGCCCGCCACCACUGCUAAAACCACCAAUGAAAAAAAGGCGCCUUUGAAAAGAGGAAUAUCUGUUAUUCAAAGUAAUAAUGAGGUUCAACAGGUCCCUGUGUCGGAAUCAAUUAUAUGUAGACAAAACGUGUUGGUUAACUCGACUUCGUCACUAGCUGACGAUAAUGAAAAUAAGUAUGGACAAGUGAUAAUUCUCAUAGACGAAUAUGAUUCACCACUGUUAAAUGUCAUUAGUAUCACGAAAGAAAGCAUAAAAAUUGCAAAUGACAGCCACGGCGUACUAAAGAGUUUUUUUGAAGUAAUUAAGGCACUGCAAAGUAAAGUUAAAUUUCUUCUCGUAACGGGUAUAACAAUGUUUGCACAUUUAGGUUUAUUUCCAGGAUUAAAUAAUCUUAAGGACGUGAGACAAACUAUUAAAUCUCCAAAUCAGAUCGCUAUAAUGAUUUUUUUUGAGAAUUUUGAAUAUGAAAAUUUUUGGAUUCAAAAAGGGAAAACCGAAUUUUUAGCUAGAUUGAUUGGUAAGGAGCAUGUCAUAGAUCAAAUCACGAUAGAGAAGAGAUUAGUUGUACCUGACCUUCCCGUUUCAUUACUAUUCCAAACUGGCUAUUUAACUAUCAAACAACAGAAAAUAGAUGAUGAUGACGAACA